AUGCGUCAAAGCUGGAGCGAAGCUUCAAUGACAAGUGCUCUAGAAGCUGUUGAAAAAGGUUUGCCUUAUAAAACAGCAAGUAAACAAUUCUCUGUACCUGUGAUGACUCUGAAAAGAAGAGCCAAAGGAAAAAAUAUCCAUGCUAUAGGUUCAAUAAAGCUUCUGGGGAGCAAGCGUACAGUUUUUACACAGGAACAAGAACACGAACUUGUUCAACACAUACAGGAUAUGGAGUCCAGAAUGUAUGGUUUGACGACUCGAGACAUCCUUUCUCUCGCGUAUCAAUUGGCUGAGAAAAAUAAAAUAAAACACCCCUUUUCUACGGAAAAGGGUAAAGCCGGUAUUGACUGGCUAAGAGGAUUCCGCAAACGAAAUCCUAAUAUCAGUCUCCGCACUCCCGAAUCAACAUCGGCUGCGCGAGCGCGUGCUUUUAACAAGCCAGUUGUUGAUACAUUUUUCCUUACGUUGAAAAACAUUCAAGAAGAACAUUCAUUCCCUUCACAUCGCAUUUUUAAUGUUGAUGAGACUAGUUUAAGCACUGUUCCUACGAAAAAUACAAAAGUGUUCGCAAAAACGGGUCGUAAACAGGUGGCAAGAGUAACGUCAUCUGAAAGAGGCGAUACAACUGCAGUUCUGUGCAUGUCAGCUUCUGGCAACUUCAUACUACCAAUGCUAAUUUUUCGCAGAGUUCGGAUGAAAAAUGAACUAAGGGAUGGUGCACCUCCAGGGUCUGCUUAUGCAUGCAAUGCGUCAGGCUGGAUGAAAUUGGAAGUGUUCGCACAGUGGUUUGAACAUUUUUUGACCCACGCAAAACCGUCUGCCGAAGAUCCCGCACUUUUAAUAUUGGACGGUCACCUUUCACACACCAAAAACUUAGGCGUCAUAUUAAAAGCAAGACAACAUAAUGCCACUAUUUUAUGUCUGCCACCACACUGCACGCACAAACUCCAACCGCUGGACGUUGGGGUGAUGUAUCGAUUAAGCGUAUACCAUAACCAGGCUUUAGAGAAGUGGAUGAAUAACAAUCCUGGAAGAGUGGUCACAGUUUUCCAAAUAAGUAAAAUUUUUGCUGAAUCUUACCUGAAAGCUGCAGUUCCUUUAAAUGCCAUUAAUGGAUUUUCAAAAUGUGGUAUAUUUCCGUAUAACCCUGAUGUUUUCUCUAAUGUCGACUUCAUUGCUGCUGAAACGACUGAACAGUCUAUGGAAUCUGACACUUCAAGACCAACUCCUUAUAUUGGUUCAGUAUCUAAUACGAUACAGCCUCCAGCUUUACCUAUUGCUUUCCAUUCCUUCCCGCAGGAUACAAUUAUGCAACUAUCUCGUCAAGCUACACCAUCACCCACAUAUGCAGAACAAAAUAAUUCACCAUCGCUCUCUAUCAUUACAACUUCACCCUCCACAAUGCAUAAUCCCAUGUCACCGAUUCCAUCAAGUUCCUUCGCUAAUUUUACUCCAAGCAAUAUUUAA